AAAAGCAAGUUGGCAGUUCCCAAUAGCACAGCUGUUUUUUUUAAAGAGUAACAAAAAAUACGUAAACAAAACAUUUUGCGAAAUAAAUGGAUGCAAGUGUGACGUUGGAAAGGAAGCUGCAGGGAUUUCAGUUAGUAGCCCAGGAAAAGUUGCAGGCCAUACUAUGCUCAAUACCGGGUAAAAAGGAGCUCAUUUUGGAGCCAGAGCUAAUUAAGCCGCUGGAACAUGUUUGCACCGCUUCAUGGCUAAAGCUCAAAGGCAUACAACGCAUUUACAAGUAUGAUGUCAAACAGCGAUUGCCACGAUCCGCGGAUCAGGUGCACAUUUAUAUGAUACGCAGUCAGCUGAGCACUUACCAAUCGCUGCUGCGUCAAAUGCAGCCACUGGCUAUGGAAACACCUCAUGAGUCGACCGACAUGGCCCUGCAAUUGUUUCACAUUAUCUGUGUACCCAGCUGCUACGCCUACUUUCAUAUGCUGCUCGAACAAGCUGGUCUCUGGGGACUGGUGCAGCUGCAUCACUACAAUUGGGACUUUAUAUACCUUGAUCGUGGUGUGCUUAGCCUGGAGCUGCCCAAUCUGUAUGAGUGUCUUUAUCUGCAAAACAACACCUCAGGGCUGCCAGCUGUGGCACAGAGUCUGCGGCUGUUGCAAAUGCUCUGCGGCAAGCCCACAGUAAUGCUGAGUUUUGGCAGCUACUCGACGCAAUUGGUGCAACUCUUGCAGGCUUUGGGAUCUGUGCCGGAACCCAGCACUGCCGCUGACUUUGGCGCUUGGAUUAUUAUAGAUAGAGAUAGGGACUACGCCUCUUCCCUGUUGACACCUGCUAUUUAUGCUGGGUUGCUUUUGGAAGUAUUCCAGCUUCGCGCCGGCGAAAUAUUGAUUGACAAUGCCCAAAACAAAAUAGAAAGCCAAAAACUGAAACUCCUGCAGGGGAAGAUCCCAGGUGUAACGCCCAAAGGCAAAACAAGCGUCAUAAGACUCAAUUCAGCAUGCGACGAGAUAUAUGGAGACAUCCGUUAUAAGCACUUUGCACAGGCAAGCAGCUUAGUGCAUGCCCAAGUCAAGGCGCUGGGACUUGAACUUCAGAAACUCAACGACUUGCAGCUGGAAGAAAUGCACGAUUAUGUGGCACGUAAAUUACCUAAACUAACUGAGCUGAAGGCCAAGGUUUUGCUGCAUCUAAGUGCCUCGGAGAUUGUUAUACAGAUGCUAGGCAACUAUCGCCGCUUACAAGCGCUGGAAGAGGACAUACUCAAUAAUGUCUCUCGCAAGCGCCUAUUGACUGAAAUCGAUGAGCUACUGACCACCGAUGGACAACGCUAUAAUACGCUGCGUCUGUUUUGCUUGAUGCACUUGUGUGUGGGCGUUGUGCCCGAGGAACUACAAAGUUUUGCACGCAAUUACUGCAACUUGUUUGGGCACCGGAAUUUAGGCGUCUUUCAGCAGCUGGCCCAGGCGGGCUUGUUACCCAUGUUGUUGUCCGACCGCAAAACUAGCACAAAGUUGCUCGCCAAUUUGCCGCUUCCCAAAUUUCAACAAACCGAAUUUCAGGCAAAUGCCAAUCGACUCAAGCUACUCACAUCCAGUGAGGAUGCGGCUGAAGCGAAUGCAGCAUCAAAUCCUCAGUUGGUACUAAGCAAAUCUUGUCCUAGCUUUGUAUUCAAUGGCAUGUAUAUACCGUUGGCGGCACAGUUAUGCUCCAUAAUGCUCAACACAAACAACGCCGAGCAAUUAGCCAACAAAUUGGCUAUGAUUGAGGGCUUGCAGUUGUCUGUAGCUGGACAAGCGUAUACUCCCAAGUCGUAUGCGUCGCAGUUCAAAGCUGCAACAACCAUCGUGCCCAGCGAUGUUUUUCCAUUGCGCCAACGUAAUUUGUUUGUGUUUGUGAUUGGCGGUGCCAACUACGCAGAGAUAGCUGCCUGUGAUUUUGUGGCCAAGCUUUCUGGCGCCCAAAUAACUGUUGCCUCCGAUUCAAUCUUAGCAGGCAGUGAUCUAAUCGCUGCCGCCUUCAACAACUGAAUCUUGUUAUUUUGUAACAAACUUUGUAUGUUUAUAUAUUUGAAAUACACUAUAAAGAUAGACGUU